AUGGGCCCGGGUGAAGUUCAAACCAAGGAAAUCAAGAAGCAUGGUGAUCAGAAGUGGGAAAGUGACCAGCAAGUUCCAGUUGCAAAUAAUGUGGCAUUACGAGGACAGGCUGUACAGUCAUCCUCAUAUUCUUAUUGGGUAGCAGGAAGGGCCAUUGACACUUCACCCUCAACCUGCUCCUCCACAACCGCAUCUAGCAACCCGUGGUGGAGACUGGAUCUUCUGGAUUCUUACUACAUCUCUCGAGUCGUCAUCACUAACAUAAAAAUCUGCUGUGCAGAACGACUCGACGGAGCAGAAGUUUAUAUUGGAAACUCUUUGGGAAACAAUGGCAACAAUAAUUCCAGGUGUGCUGUGCUGUAUGGUGUGUCAGCGGGUCAGUCUGUGUCUGUGUCCUGUGACAAUAUGAAGGGACGAUAUGUGAACAUCAUCAUACCUGGACGUUACAAAGUUCUCUCUCUCUGUGAAGUGGAGGUGUAUCUGCCAAACUGGAAAAAAACCUUUGUGAAGAUGACAUUUCUGUCCAGUGUCAAUAUGUCUGAUCCAGCUGUCAAUAACACAAUUCUUGAUCAGAUGAAUACGGCUCUGACUUCUAAAGGACUCUCAAAUUUCACACUGACCUGGACAAAACUCCCGCAGAAAGUCAAACAGGAGAUUAAACUGGAUGAUGAUGAUGAUGAUGAUAAGUCCAUGUGUUAAAGAAGCUGAAUAGUCCUGAAUAAACAAACACUCUUUAAUGAAAAAGACUUAGUUUAGUUAGUGUAGUUAUAUUUGUUUGUUAGAUUGUUAUUU